ACGGCGAGCGGAUCAAGAAACAGCAAGAAAUGGCGCUAGAGAGCGCGACGGUUCAAUUCGACUAGAUCAACUGGUCUAAUUAUAGUCGCUGGCAGCGUUGGCGGUAUAAAAGCUAAGUUUAUAUAGACAUGGCUAGCAUUCUAAAAGAACAGUAGGGGACGGCAAGAUGCGCGCUUUGAUUGUAUUGUGUUUAGUGGCGGCAGCUAGUGCCGGUCGCUUGGGCUAUAACUACAGGCCCGGCAGCACGGCUGUGGCUACCGAUGGCAUUGGCAGCUCUGGCUCAAUUGGCACAAUUGGCACCAGCGCUGGUCUGGGCGGGCCAGUCAGCUACAGUGCAGCGCCACAAGCCGGCAUCCAUAAGGAAUUCUUCUCUUUCCAUGCCAAUGAGGCCGACUUUGAGGAUCCCGAUGCAGCACGCAAAAUAGCUGCCGCGGUCAAGAAGAGCGUGCGUGUAAUCUUCAUCAAGGCGCCCGAGAAUCGUGGCUACGAGAAUGCUGUUCUCGCCUUGGCCAAACAAGCUGCCGAGCAGCAAACGGCUAUCUAUUUGCUUCACAGGCAACCCGACCUCAACGAACUGGCCAACAAGUUCAAUGCCGUGCGCCAGAAUGCCAACGCCAAGCCCGAGGUGCACUUCGUGAAGUAUCGCACUCCAGAGGAUGCUGCCAACGCACAAAAGGCCAUUCAGAGCCAAUAUGACUCACUGGGCGGCACAAGCCAAAACAUCAACGGUGGCGUGGCCAAUGCUCUCAACUUUGCAUCCCGGUCAGCUGCGCCCGCCGUCAGCGCUGGACAAAUCCAGGAGCCCGAAAGCAACUACUUGCCAUCCUCAAUUCUGCGACGCUUGCGCCAUAAGUAG